AUGCGCGGAAUAUUCAUUCUGAGGACAAAACCUACUGUUUUGGGCCCAGAAAAAUUUUAUAAAUUCCCAAUAAAAUGCAGGAACCUCAGUACAGCUAUCCUAGUGGAUUUCAAAGUUGACCACAAGGAUGGUAGCCAGGAAGUUGGAGGGGCUGACUAUGUGCAGUGGGGCAUCAAGUGGUACCAUUUUUAUGGUGAGGAUGGCUGUGACACUACCACAUGGGGGGGAGUCUUGCUCACGGUGCGAGCUGUUGCCUUUGAGGUCGUAGAUGUCCGCAACAUAUGCGGUUGUGGAUUUGUCAUGCACUACGCCGCCGGUGUCUGUGUUCUCUUGACGUGUUCCACCUGCUCUGAGCUGCCCCCACCUGCCACAUUGGUUCUUGCACUAAUGCCACUCCCACAUCUCAUUAACGCACUGAUUCACAUUGGCUGUCAGGCUGUCUUUGGCCUCAUAUACACAUUCCAAGUUGGCAGCCAUGGAGAAGUUACCACUUCCGGUGUGAGUUUCCCAGAGGUAUCUGAAGAGGAAGCUUCCAAGAUCUGGGGUGUACCUGACCAGCUGGAUGUUGGCGAGGGUGGUGUCAAGCGGGGAUUUGGUUGUAGAUUGGUUGUCACCCGAGAGGCAGCAGCAGAGAUGGAGCGAGUGACAACCACAGUGGGCAAAGAGGACAAAGGUGAGGAGGUGACGGUCAAUGGUCAAGAUCUGGCAGCUGCUCUAGCGCACGUGGGGUGA